AUGGACGCAGCCAAUAUAUCGGGAGUUGUUUUCUCUCCCCAAAGCCAUGCAACCCCAAAGUCGUACCUUGACCAAAUCCACUCAACUCUCAGAGGUUCGGACAUCUAUGUGCCCCUUUGCAAAGCCCUCUCAAGCCUUCCACAAACGUGGCAAGAAAUUGCCAGCCAACAUCCUAAAAUUGCUUCUCUGGAGCAUGGCCUUACUUAUGCAAGAUAUUUUCCCACGUGGCUCCAAACGGGAGACACGUCGGGGUUGGAAAAUAACAUGUCAGGGAUUGUCACAUUGCCACUGUUGACAAUAAUACACACUGUUCAAUAUGUUCAGUACCUACAGCUGACCGGCAUUGCACAUGCCGAUUUCCUACUCAGCCUACGAUCAGGAGGCGCUCAGGGAUUCUGUGCCGGACUUAUGGCGGCUAUGAUUGUUGCAGUGUCAAAGGACGAAACUGAAGUCAUUGCGAAUACUGCCAAAGCUGUCCGAAUCUCCUUCGCCAUAGGGGCGUUUGGUGAAGUAGGCUGUGAUUCGACUUCGUUGAGUUCUACUACUAUGGUAGUACGGUUGAAAUCUGGCUCCGAAGUUGAAGAAAUCACACGCGAGUUUCCAGAGUCCUACGUUUCUGCGAUAUCCGACUCCAAGACGAUAAGUCUCAUCGCUCCUUCAGCAGAGAUUGCUACAGCCCGGGCGUACGUCGAAAAACUGGGUCUAUCAUCCAAGAUGAUUCACAUGCGAAGCAAUAUACAUAAUCCGAAGAAUAGAGCUCUUGCAGAGGAGCUUUUGGGCUUCUGCCUCGGCAAUGCAGACUUACAGCUACCAAAUAGUGACAAUCUGCAAGUUCCCGUACGAUCGAACAGAACAGGCCAAGUCCUUACAAACUGCUCUCUCACAGCUGAAAUCAUAACAACCAUUCUAACAUCGUGUUGCGACUGGAAUGCUGUCAUCAGCAAUCUGGCACAUGAUCUCCAACAGACGGGAAAUCAGUCUCAUCGUAUAGCCAUGAUUGGCCUAGGAGACUGCAUACCACUCCCACCCUUUCAGAAGAAUAACCUUGAUAUUACCAAAUUGGAUAUCAUGGGCAUUACUGAAGGCUUAAAAAAGCUUAUGAGAGAUCAAAGUCUAUCAUCGCUUGAUCUUUUCCCUCCCGGCUCAAUCGCUGUGGUAGGCGCUGCUUGUCGCUUACCAGGAGCAAACACACUAGAAGAACUCUGGGACCUCAUUUCUCGAGGAGAAUCCCGGCUUGAGAGUCUACGUGAGGAUCGAGUAAAGUUAACGGAAUCUUUCCGAGCGUCACAAGAUAAAGAUUGGACCGCAGGGCGAAAGUGGUUUGGCAAUUUUGUGGAUGGAAUUGAUAAGUUCGAUCACAGCUUCUUUGGUAUAAGUCCGAAAGAGGCAGCAUACAUGGACCCUCAGCAGCGUCUUCUACUAAGCUGUGCCUAUGAAGCAAUGGAUGCCAGCGGAUAUCUACAUGACCAUCGACGAGAAAAUGGCGACCCAAUUGGCUGUUUCAUCGGUGCGAGUUAUACCGAGUAUUGCGAGAAUGUCACCGCAUAUGCUCCUUCAGCAUUCGCUGCUACCGGAACUAUUCGUGCCUUUCUUUCCGGCAAGAUUAGUUAUCAUUUUGGCUGGACUGGGCCUUCCGAGGUCAUCGACACCGCAUGCUCAGCCUCAUUAGUGGCUAUUCAUCAUGCCUGUCGAGCUAUCCAGGCUGGUGACUGCCCAAUGGCCCUUGCUGGCGGGGUUAACAUCAUCACCGGCAUUCAAAACUACAUUGAUCUAGGGAGAGCCGGGUUUCUCAGCAAAUCCGGUCAAUGCAAGCCUUUCGAUGAGUCUGCAGAUGGCUAUUGUCGGGCAGACGGUGUAGGGCUUGUUGUUCUGAAACCGCUCAGCCAGGCCGUUGCUGACAGGAAUCAUAUCCUUGGCGUUAUCCCUGCUUCGGCUACGAACCAAGGCGGCCUAUCUCAUGGAAUUACAGUACCGCAUGGCGAUGCUCAGAAAGCACUUUAUCGUCAGAUGGUCAAAGCUGCGGGUAUCGAACCCGAGCAAAUUACGUAUGUAGAGUCUCAUGGUACUGGGACUCAAGUGGGGGACCCUAUCGAAGUUGCCAGCAUUCGCGAAGUAUUUGGUGGACCAUCUCGGCGAUCUCCUGUGCACAUUGGAUCUCUCAAAGCCAAUGUCGGUCAUAGUGAAACUGCUGCUGGAGUUGCCAGUCUUCUCAAGGUUCUUGCCAUGUUUGCUCAUCGAGGCAUUCCCCCACAGGCCGGGUUCAAAACAUUGAAUCCGAAAAUCCCCGCUCUUGAGCCUGACAACCUAGGGAUUGCAACUAGGCUGAUACCAUGGGAAGCAAAAACGCGUAUUGCUUGUGUAAACAGCUAUGGUGCUUCCGGAAGUAAUGCUGCUCUCAUCUGCUCAGAAUGGAGUGCGGGGAGCGAGAAGCCAAAGACUACUUCAUCGUCCUACCCGGUCUUCCUGAGUGCGAAUACGCAAGAAAGCUUGAGAGCUUACGCCAGUCGAUUGGCUUCAUACAUUCAAGACUCUGAACAAGGAUUGAACAUUGGCAGCGUCGCAUUCACUCUUAGCGAGCGCCGAAAACAUCAUCGAAUUCGGUGGUCUACCACGGCGCACAGUCUAUCCGAUCUGACACAUCAAUUGAAGUCAGAUCUUGUAAAUAGCGUUGAAAUACCCAAAACAAGAAAACCAGUUGUUUUGGCUUUCUCGGGCCAGUCAAAGACGAAAAUUGGCCUUGAUCCAAGUCUAUGCGACAUGUAUCCAAGGUUCCGGGCUCAUUUGGAGAGCUGCAAUAGCAUCUUGCGGAACCUAGGCUACUCAGAUAUCAUGUCUUCCCUCUGCCAGUCUGAGGCCAUCACAGACGUGGUUACGCUUCAUGCAGGCACAUUUGCUGUUCAAUAUGCUUGUGCAAGAUGCUGGCUAGACGGCGGAUUACAAGUAGACGCAGUAAUUGGCCAUAGCCUCGGCGAACUCACAGCAUUGGCUGUAUCUGGCGUUCUCUCUUUGGAAGAUGCUCUGCAUUUGGUUGCAAAACGAGCAUCGUUAAUCAAGGAGAAAUGGGGCGCAGACACAGGAGCAAUGCUGGCUAUCUAUGCCGAUUUAGAGACUGUACAGCGCAUUAUAGCAGACUCAGACACGGAGUUUGUAGACGACGGAGUCGAAAUCGCAUGUUAUAAUAGCCCUACCGCUCAUAUUGUUGCUGGAAAGAAAUCGUCUAUCGCUAGGGUUGAGAGAAUAAUUAACAACAGCCCCGAGUUCAACGGCAUCCGGUAUCAGGGUCUUGAUGUCAGCCAUGGCUUUCACUCCAGGUUAACUGAGCCUCUGCUCCCAGAUUUAGCCGAAUUUGCAAAAACAUUAACAUUUAACGAGCCUCGCAUUCCUUUGGAGACUUCCACAAAGAUACCAGUUAAUGGCUUAACGCCUGGUUACAUCGCUGAACACUCAAGACAUGGCGUCUAUUUUAGUCACGCCGUUCAACGACUAGAGAGCCGACUUGGGCCGUGCGUUUGGUUGGAGGCGGGAUGGCAUACACCCGUCAUCUCUAUGACGAAGAAGGCACUUCAAAAGACUGAAAUGCACAGCUUCCAUUCGCUGAGUGGCUCGUCCUCUGCAGUCAUCAACAUGGCAGCUAGCCUUUGGAAACAAGGCGUUUCUGUGACUUGGUGGGGAUUCUUCUCUCCCGAAGAAUCGAAACUUCGCCAUGUGUGGCUUCCACCAUGCACAUUCGAUGAUUCUCGCCAUUGGUUGAACCAUGUAGACCGCGCAAUCGAAAUGAAGCGAUCUCAGGCUCUAACUCAAUCAACAAGCGGAGGAGCUACUCCCCAAUCUACCCAACUGGUGAGCUUUAUCGGUAGGAUCGGCAGAGAUGACGAAUUCCGGCUACACACUCAGACUGAAAAGUACAAAACCAUGGUCACAGGCCAUGCUCUUCGCCAAAGGCCCCUGUGCCCCGCAUCGAUGUACAUGGAAUCCGCAGUAAUGUGCGCUCAAGAGAGAGGGGCUGAUUUUGAAAGACAGACGUUCCAUUUCCGUAAGAUUGGCUUUCACAGCGGUUUAGGCUGUGAUGACCGUCGGGAAGUGAAAGUCGUCUUGGGAGAGGACACAGGCACCGAUUCAUGGCGAUUUUCAGUCAAUAGCGCUGAUAAAGAAGAUCCAAGUCCUCUGCAAACGAAACACGCAGAUGGACAAUUUGAGGUAUCAGUAAAGGCGCCAGAUUACCGGAUUUAUGAGUCAUUGAUACUGGAACGCAUGGAAACCUUGCUCAAGGAUCGCAACGCAGAGCAUCUGAUGAAGAGAACUGCGUAUGCCUUAUUCUCAAGAGUAAUUGAGUAUUCCGAUCUCUUGAAGGGCAUUUCGUCCAUCACCCUGGCCCCCGGCCAAGCUGUAGCCGAAAUCGAGGUCCCAGCAGAGACAUUCGACAGUCGUGAGAGUACCGUUGAUCGAUUUAUGGAUGCCAUCUCGCUAGAUACGUUUAUUCAGGUACUCGGCUUACUCAUCAACACCAGCGGGAAGAAUGCUGGUGACGAAGUGUUUGUUGCAACCAGUAUAGCCAACAUGACAAUUCUACCAUGUGAUUUUAAGAGUCAUAGGAGGUGGGCUGUAUACGCCAUGUUUAGUAUGGAUGGAGAUAAGAGAGCAGUUGGAGACGUUUUUGUCUUUUCUGGAGACAGAAGGUUAGUCGUCUUUGGGUCACAAAUAUCCUUCACAAAAGUGCAAUCCAGUGUACUUGAAGGACUUCUCGAUGGCACCAGUCCGCGAAUGAACAUGGCCAAGGCCCGCAACUCUGAGACUAGAAUUAAACAGAGUAGAGCUUCGGUCAUUGCGAAAGAAGAACCUGGCACAACACAAACACUCGACCAGCGCACAAUGAUUGGUAAUUCUCCAAAGAAGUCACAGGAAACUCACCACAAGUUUGACGACGUCAAGGUUCUAAUCGCCAGCUACGUCGGAAUAUCGGCUUCCGAUAUUCACGAAGAUGAAAGCUUCAGCAGCUUAGGCUUAGACUCACUGUCUGCUGUCGAGCUUGUAGACGAGUUGCGGGUCAAGUUUGGCAUUGAUAUUUCUGCGACCGAUAUCUUGACAGCUCAGGUAGCUGAGCUUCAUAAUUACUUUCUAUCCAAUGGGAGAGAAUCGAGCACGACAACGAAUUCACACAGCACUAUGGCGGGCGAGCUACCAAAGUCCACAAAUGGAGACAAGCUUUUAACAAAUGGCCUCACCAUUGAAAAUGAGGAUAGGCAUGAAAGUGUCAAUGGAUAUGCCAACGGAGAUACCAACGCUACCGAGAAUACAAAUUACCAUCUAGCCAAAGCGCCAAAGCCUCGACAACAUACCAGGCACCGGAUUGAAACAGUAACUUAUAAAGAGGUGGAUGGCAUCGAAAUUGCAGCAGACAUCUUCAUACCGCUGGAGCCACCCUCAGAGAUCAUGCCUAUAGCACUAAUGAUUCAUGGCGGCGGCCAUCUGACACUCUCAAGAAAGGCUGUAAGGCCCUCACAAACAUCGUAUCUGCUUUCACAUGGAAUUCUGCCAAUUAGUCUAGACUAUCGACUAUGUCCCCAGGUAAAUAUCAUCGACGGGUCCAUGACAGAUGUUCGAGAUGCCUAUAUAUGGGCGAGAAAAGAUCUUCCCUUGCUUAUGCAGGCAAGGGGUAUUAAAGUUGAUGCUUCAAAGAUUGUGGUUGUUGGUUGGUCUACUGGCGGGCAUUUGGCAAUGACUACUGCCUGGACAACACUAGCAGCUGGAUUGCCACCUCCAUUAGGAAUCCUCGCAUUCUACUGUCCAACACAUUAUGACCCUUCAGAUGACUCACUGAGAAUGGGCAAGGAGUAUCAGCAUCGUACCAUGUCUAUGAGCGAGAUACAAAACUCGCUAGGAGCUCAGGUGGUCACGAGCCACGCAUUUAACAGCACUGAUACAACAAACAUGGGCUGGGUCAAACCUGGAGAUCCCCGCUCAGAGCUUGUCCUAGCUCUCGUCAAAGAGAAAAACGGGGUAGCCCUGCUAUUAGACGGAAUCCCCACUGAUGGAAAUACACUGGGAGUCCCAGAGCCAGAGCGCGUCGCAGCUAUCAGCCCUCUGGCUCAAGUUCAAAAGGGCAACUACCACACACCGACCUUUGUCAUCAUUGGGGACGAGGAUGAAAUCGUGCCAUUCCAUACUUCGGUGGACUUUGUGAGCACUCUUAACGAACAGGGAAUAAAGAAUGGAUUCAUUCCGGUACCAGGACAGCGCCACAUUUACGAUCUAACGCUGAGUCCCGGAAUGGCGAAGUGGGAUGAUUGGGUGGCCCCGGGUUACAAUUUCCUAUUUGAACUACUGGGGAUUGAGACGGAAUAA